UUCUUUGUCUACUAUAGCGCGACUGCGCAGUAAGAACUUCCUUCUUUUGGACCUAAACCCCUUCCUACGAUGGCCAAACGCACCAAGAAGGUUGGGAUUGUUGGCAAGUACGGCACCCGUUAUGGUGCCUCCCUCAGGAAGAUGGUGAAGAAGAUAGAAAUCACCCAGCAUGCCAAGUACACAUGCUCCUUCUGUGGCAAGACCAAGAUGAAGAGAAGGGCUGUUGGCAUCUGGAACUGUGGGUCCUGCAUGAAAACUGUUGCUGGAGGUGCUUGGACAUACAACACAACAUCAGCAGUCACCGUGAAGUCUGCUAUCAGAAGACUGAAGGAGCUCAAGGAUCAGUAAACUUCAGUGAGCCUCUGAUCUAACAUAGAUCUAACACAAAUCUGAUAUGGACUCUUAAUCAGUCUUGUACAUUUUGGUAAACAUCACACAAUAAAGGAGACCACAUGUGUGGGAUUUGCCUUUAA